AUGCAACAGAUGCGUGAGCAACAAGCUAAGCUGAACAAACUGAAGGCAGAAAUUAAACUGAAGAUGGAUGAGGAAAAGACAAGGCUACAACAGCUACAAGCAGAAAAUGAAGUCAAAGCAAGAGUGAAAGCCUACAACGCCUAUGAUGGUCUUGAAAAUUGUGAACAGGUGACAGACCACAAGGUGCAAUACUUCUGCCAAAAUAAUGAACCUCAAACCUCAUUGAAUCCGCACACUGUGCCAUUUCAACCUCCAAAUAUACCAAUUGAGGUGUCAAGACCACAAGAAGAAGUUAGUCUAACUCCAGGACUUGCAAGUCUGCUCAUCUCCAACCAUCUCCCUUUUCCUGAACCAACUGUAUUUUCAGGUGAUCCUCUAAAGUUCAUAGAUUGGAAGAUAUCCUUUAUCGCACUUAUUGAAACCACUCCCGGUGUGCGAAAAAAUGCUGUACUUGAAGAGGUAGCUCGUAAGGCAGUGGAAGGUUUAUUCUAUCGAAAUUCAGAAGACGCUUAUCUAGGUUCUUGGGCGAUCCUGCAGGACAGGGAGGUCCACUCAUUGUGCAAAGACCUUUCAGAGAAAGGUUGACUAAAUGGCCAAAGACAUCAGAAAACGACCCUGUAGCAUUAAGAGAGUUUGCAGAUUUCCUUCAAGGUUGUGUGGAGGCCAUUCCUCAUGUUAAAGGCCUAGCUAUUCUAAAUGAUUGUGAAGAAAACCACAAGCUUCUCAAGAAAUUGCCUGAAUGGAUCGUGCGCAGAUGGAGUCGCAUCGUUGUGGAUGAGUUAGAUAAGUCUCAAGAAUACCCAACCUUUGCUCAUUUCACAGAGUUCCUGCAAAAGGAUGCCAAGAUUGCAUGCAACCCCAUUUCCUCUCCCUUCCCUCUCAGUACCAAGACUACAGAUGAGAGAAUUCCCAAGAGAGCUAAGGCACUCAACACAAGAACUCAAAUGAAACCCUCCAUCUCCAGUACCCUGUGA